AUGCGUUUCAUAAAUUUGCUAACACUAGCAAGUAUCUCAUUUAUACUUCAUCCAGUUUUAUCAGCAUAUAGUCCCGUUUCACUUCUUCAAGCCAAUGAUGCCAAUUUCAAAUCAUUAGUUGUCAAUUCUGAUAAAUUCUCCCUUGUAGAAAUCUAUGCUGAUUGGUGUCGACAUUGUAAUAAAUUACAUCCAAUUUUUGAACAAUUAUCGGAUAUGUUUAUUGAUGUACUGGAUCAAAUACAAAUUGUAAAAGUGAAUGGUGAUAAAGAUGGGAAAAAAGUGGCUAGGAAAUAUGUUGAUAAAGGAUUUCCUACUAUUUUAUUUUUUUAUGGCAAGGGAGAUGAUAAGAAUCGAGUUGAAUUUGAAGGGGUGAGGGAUUUAGAAGGAUUGAGUAAUUUUGUACAACAAUUGAGUGGAGUGAGAUUGAUUAAGGGGAAUAAGGAGAAGGAAGAAGAAGAAGUAACAAGUGGUGAGUUGGAAAAGAAGAUUGUGAUUGAUCAAAAGAAGGAGCUUGUUAGAUUAAGUCCAGAUAAUUUUGAUGAUAUAGUUGGGAAAUCACCUGCUAGUGUUGUUGUAUUUGGUGCCAGUUGGUGUUCACAUUGUCAAGAUUUAAAACCAACAUUGGAGAUAUUGGCCACCAAAGUAUAUGCUAGGGAUAAUAACUUAUUAAUUGGACAUUAUCAAUUGGAUGAAUUUGAAGGGAAUGAAUUUUGGAAGAGAUAUGAUGUUGAAUCACUCCCUACGAUUUUAUUUUUCAAGGAUGGAGAUGUAUAUAAUCCCUUGGUUUAUAAGGGGAAGAGAAAAUUGGAAAUAUUGGUUGAAAAUAUUAAUGGAUUUGCCAAAUUGAAUAGAGAUGCCGAAGGGAAGCUAAUUGCUGGGACUGGAAUAAUACCGGAAAUAAAUGAGAUGAUUAAACAAGUUCAAAAGGAUUCAAGUUUUGGUUCAGAGGGGUUGAAGAUUUUGGAAAAACUAGAUGAGUUGAUUGAUGUUGACGAGGAAUCGAAAGAAUAUUAUAGAAAGUUGAUUGAUUUGUUUGUUAUAAACAAGAAGAAUACUAAUCAAUUGCAAAUAGAAUUGAAUAGAAUUCAAACCAUUUUAAAUAAGGAUUCAAAUAGAUUAGAUACAAUUACCCUUGAUUCGUUACAAAAGCGAUCAAACAUUUUAGGUCUGUUAGUUUAA